CGUCUCCUUUAGUCUAUGCUACUUCACAAGUGUAACUCCGGCGUGCAUUGUUAUGAUAUAAGUAGAUUCUGUGUAAUUAUUUACGAGAUAUCUUUUAACUUGAGAUUAUUGUUAGCUUGAGGAUAUUUGACAGAAAAUAAUUGAUAUCAGCGAUGUCUGUAGCAUUCGCUGCACGAGGUAAUCGGCCUCCGUUAAGCCCGGCACAGAUCCAAAAAAUGUUAGAUGAAAAUGCUCAUCUGAUUCAAACUAUUCAGGAAUAUCAAGCGAAAGGUCAACUUAUGGAAUGUCAUCAGUAUCAACAAGUAUUACAUAGAAACUUGGUGUACUUGGCUUCAGUGGCCGAUGUAAAUCAAAACAUUCAAAGUAUUCUACCGCCCCCUCAUCAAUUGGCAGCUGGUAAUGCUUCUCAAGCACCCCCAAUAAAUUCACCUUCUCCAAGUGGUGGUGAUGUAUCCGGAGGAUCUCAACAGUCUUACAGGCCACCUGGGGUUUCAUCAACACCAACAAGACCAACUCAAUCUUACGGCCAACGCCCUUAUCCACAAAAUCAAUAUCAAGGACAGUAUCAAGGUGCCCCAGGAGUUUACCCUCCACAGCCUCAAGGAUAUGGGCCACCAAGCCAAGGAUAUGGACCACCUAACCCUUCCCAGCAACCACAGGGUUAUCCUCCUAAUUCAAACUAUGGUCCUCCAAUAACUACUACCCCAAGCAAUUAUCCUCCAUCUACUCACCCUGGUCCAGGGUACCCUCCCAGUUCGGCACAACAGCCCUAUGCUCCCCCUCCUGGCAGCCCUGCAGCUGCUGGAGCUCCAUAUCCAGUACGUGGCGCGAGUCAGCCCUCAUAUACUGGUAAUUCUGUUUACCCACCUUCACAAGCAGGUUCAAAUUAUCCUAAUGUUGGGGUCAGUACUUACAACAAUACAACGGGAUCUCAGCCCCAGCCCUAUCAAUCUCAACCAUUCCCUAACACUACGCCCACAUCAGCUUACAGUACAGCGCCCACAUCUCAACCAAACCGUUCUCCUCAACCUCCACCUAGUGGAUACUCUUCUCAGAAUCCACCAAGUUCUGGAUAUGGAUCUCCAUCUGCUCAAUCACCAACAUAUAAUUCGAGUUCUCAUGGAAAUAAUGCUCCUCCUACUUCAGUUGCCUCAGGGGCACCAACAUCGAGUGGUCCACCUGGGCAGCAGUAUCCUCCACCAGGACAAGCAUCACCUUACCCACCAGCUACUCAGCCUCCAUACUCCAAUCCAUCUUCGCAACCUGGAAGUCCGGCACCUUCUGUGUCAACUGCACCACCCCCACAAACAUCAUACCCCCAAAAUCCGCAGAAUUACCCUCCGGCAGGCGGUGGUUAUCCGCCCCACGCUUACCAACAAGGCUAUCCGCCAGCUCAGUAUCCUCCUUCCCCGUACCCAUACGCCCGUGCCCCAACACCAGGAGCCCCUCCUCCUGGCGCUCCCCAGCCUUAUCCUGGUUAUGGGUUCCAACCUCCAACACAACAGUAGUAAUUUUGUAAAAUUACGUGCAUCUCAUAUAAUUAUACGAUUUUAUUAAAAUA